GGGCGGGCGCGCGGCAGGGCGCGAGUCGUGCGAACGGAGGAGCGGGCGGGUGCGCGCGCGGGUGCGUGCCGACGGGCCUCGAGGCGCUGCCGAAGCCUUGUGCGCUGAUCCGCGCUUCCGCUCCCGCUCCCGAGCAUGUGGUCCGGUUACGGUGGCUAUGACGGUGGCUUUGGAGGUGGAGGAUAUUCACAGUCUCCUGGAGGGUUUGCAUCACCUUCUGCACCCCAAGAUGAAAGGAAAUUGAGGUCAAGAACACAAAAUAUUGUUCCUUGUACAGCGUCCCAGUUAUUUUCUGCAGAACAAGUGGAUGAGACCUUCAGAGUCCGAGAAGUUGAGCUCUCACAGGUCGCUGUUGUGGGCAUAAUCAGACAUGCAGAAAAAGCACCAACAAACAUUCUCUACAAAGUGGAUGACAUGACCGCAGCCCCGCUGGAUGUGAGGCAGUGGAUUGACACCGAUGAGGAAGGCCGCGAGAACGUUGUGGUCCCACCGGGGACGUAUGUGAAAGUGUCUGGUCAUCUGCGAUCUUUCCAGAACAAAAAGAGCCUGGUUGCAUUCAAGAUUGCGCCACUGGAGGAUAUGAAUGAGUUCACCACACACCUGCUUGAAGUCGUCAAUGCACACAUGAUCCUCAAAAGGGGCAACCUGCCUACAUCUACAAAGACGCCUCAGUCAUUCAGUUUGUUGGGGAUGAACAGCAUGCCAAGCGGAGGAGGAACUGAUGCGCUGCCAGUGAGUGGCCUUUCCCCACUCCAGACUCAGGUCCUGAAUUUGAUUAAAAGCUGCCCGACAACUGAGGGAAUAUGUCUUCAAGAUCUGAAGUCGCAGUUGCAUAGUAUUAAUCUACAGACCCUCAAGAAAGCUGUUGAAUUUCUUAGCAGCGAGGGACAUAUCUAUUCCACCAUCGAUGAUGAACACUUUAAAUCUACAGAUGACGACUAAGACCUGCUUCAGGCAUAAUUAUUGAGCAUAAUGCUUUGUUAGACUAAGACCCUGACAUUUGAACCAGGCAUAACAUCAUUUCUGAAGACGACUGCUGUGGACUGCGGAAAGUGACUUUUGCACACCGCUGUGCCAGUGAGUUGCCAUGACUAGAAAUUGCCUCUUUCCACCUCAUUCUAUAGCUAAAAUAAUCAUCCAAAUAUGUAGGACUAUUUUUAUUAUUACUAAAAACACCUGCUCACCACUGCCCUGUGGUGCAGGAUGGCCUUAUUUCGGAAAACAUGUAGUACCUCAAUAAAGCUAUUUUGAUUUUUGCA